AUGAAUCAAUCCCCAGAUGAGUUUGUUGCCUCGUAUGUGGAUGCCUUAUUGGAUAUGCAACUCCCAGAUGAGAAGAGAAAGGUUGAAGAAGGAGAGAGAGUUUCUGCUCGGAGUUUAUUGAUGCAGGCACGAACAAAUACAUCAACGACACUGCAAUGGAUCAUGGCGAAUUUGGUGAAGUACCCUCAUAUUCAAGAAAAGCUCUUCGAGGAAAUUCAAGGGGUUGUGGAUGCUGGAGAGGAAGAGAUUAAAGAAGAUUUGCUUAAAGCAGUGAUUUUGGAAGAAUUAAGGCGACAUCCUCCAGGGCACUUUGUAGUUCCCAAGAAUGGUAGCGUGAAUUUCAUGGUUGCAGAGAUAGGGUGGGAUGCUAAGGUGUGGGAAGACCCUAUGAUGUUCAAACCUGAGAGAUUUUUGAAUGAUAAUAAUACGAAUGGAAUCGAAGUCUUUGAUGUAACUGGCAGCAGGGAGGUAAAAAUGAUGCCUUUUGGGGUAGGGAUGAGGAUUUAUCCGUGGUAUCGUUUGGCAAUGCUUCAUUUGGAGUAUUUCGUAGCCAAUUUGGUUUGGGAUUUCAAGUGGACAACUGUGGAUAAAGAUGAUGUUGAUCUGUCCGAGAAGCAGGAGUUUACAGUGACGAUGAAGAAUCCAUUAGAAGCCCACAGGACUCCAACAGAGAAAGCUCGAGACAGUUAA